AUGGAAGACGAUAAAGAUUUCGAACCACUAGAACCUUCAUUAAAGAAUGUUAUUGAGCAGAAAUCUUUAAGAUGGAUAUUUGUUGGAGGGAAAGGAGGUGUUGGCAAAACUACGUGCAGCUGUAGUCUCGCUGUACAACUGUCCAAGGUCCGAGAGUCCGUUCUCAUUAUUUCUACAGAUCCAGCACAUAAUAUCUCAGAUGCAUUUGAUCAGAAGUUUUCAAAGGUGCCAACUAAGGUGAAAGGCUUUAGCAAUUUGUUUGCAAUGGAAAUUGACCCUAACGUGGGCCUCACAGAACUUCCAGAGGAGUAUUUUGAGGGGGAAACCGAAGCUAUGAAGCUAGGCAAAGGUGUAAUGCAAGAAAUAGUUGGAGCAUUUCCUGGAAUUGAUGAAGCCAUGAGUUAUGCUGAGGUGAUGAAGUUGGUCAAAGGCAUGAACUUCAGUGCAGUCGUAUUUGACACUGCACCUACGGGUCAUACUCUACGUCUGCUAUCAUUUCCACAAGUUGUAGAGAGGGGAUUGGGCAAACUGAUGCGUCUUAAGUCAAAGGUUGCUCCAUUCAUUAACCAAGUAGCAACUCUAUUUGGCUUAGCUGAGUUUAAUUCUGACAUGUUUAGUAAUAAAAUGGAUGAAAUGUUGUCAAUUAUAAGACAAGUGAACGCUCAAUUCAAAGAUCCCAACCAAACCACAUUUGUAUGUGUCUGCAUAGCAGAGUUCCUGUCGUUGUAUGAGACGGAACGUCUUGUUCAGGAGCUGACACGCUGUGGAAUCGAUACACACAACAUUAUCGUCAACCAGUUACUGUUACGCACUUCAGCGCCUUGCGACUUGUGUGCGGCGAGACACAAAGUCCAAGAGAAAUAUUUGGAACAAAUUGCAGAUUUGUAUGAAGACUUCCAUGUAACUAAACUGCCAUUGCUCGAUAAAGAAGUACGCGGCGCUUCUGCUGUGAACGCAUUCUCUGAAUACCUUCUCACGCCGUAUGUGCCCGCUACGCCUUCUCCUACCACGUGA